GCGCCGGGGAGUGCGUUGGCUUCUCGCGACUCGCACAGGCGCGGGCGAGCGGUGCGGUGGAUCGCGAGUCAAAAAGGGACGUGGUACUAUCGCGACGCGGCGACCGUGGACGCCGCUCGAGAGUGUGCGAACGGGUGAGGUGGGUCUCUCGCGGACGCGGACAGCGGGACACGUAAUAGGUGCGCGGUGUAACUUCGCACGGACAGGACGGACGGCCGACUCGGGGUCCCGGUGGCGGCGAGAGGCAACUCCGGCGCAGCCCCUCGGUCCGCGCGCGUUAGCGGCUCGCGCUCGCCGCCGCGACGAACGAAAAUGGCGGGCCGUGUCGGCCUCGAUGCUACGAGCGGCGGCAGCGGCGGUCGCCGACGACCUUGUUAGCCCCCGCGUCUAGCACGGUGACACGUGUGUGCGAGCUUGACGACGAGACGGUCGCGUGAAUCGACGCCGACCGUACGGGGGAUUUUCCCGCCCUCCCGGUGUGUUGCGUGCUGCGUGUCGCACGCACGCAUACACGGACGGACGCACGCACGCACGCAGGAACGCACGCACGUUUCUUCACGGGUACGUACGCAUUCACGCAUUUACGCACGCACGCUCGCUCGUUCGUCCGUCGUCGGGUAAGCGUGUCGUUGAAAAACGGAACGAGCCGAACGGAACCGCGGAACGUUAUAUCUGAGUGUUGUGAAUAACAGUUCGACGGUGGGCAGCACGCACAUAGUACUCCGGCUCGCGGGAGAGAAGGAGACGGAGAAGACACAGGUAGCGACCGUGCGAACCCCCGCAGGUGGGAGGAAGGGAGGGCAGGAAGGAAGGAAGGAGAGAAAGAGAGAGAAAGAGACGGAGCGGAAAGAGGGAGAGACGGAGGAGGACGGAGAUAGGGCAAUAGAAAGAGCGAAACCCCCCCCCUCCCCUCUCCUCCCCGGGAGAGAGAGAACAGAGACAGACGGACAGAGGACGCACUGGCGGCGAGAGGCAGACGGCAACGAAAGUUUAAUAGUGGCGGAUCGACGAUGGGCAAACAAACACGAUGGAGUGAGUUCGCCGCGAGGUGUUGACCGUGCCGUUCAGGUGACGAAAGAGAGAGAAAAAUACGAGUGAGUACGCGGGGAACUGCCGGAGUAAGAUAGAGAGCGACGGUGAUAAUUAGACGGAGGGAGAGAGAGAAAGAGGGAGACAGAGAGUGCGAGAGUGCCGCGAUCGGCGGCAGCGACCGCGGGGGAUUGUAACACACGUUGCGGGAGGACGACGAAGUCUUGAUGCCGAUGCCGGCCGAAUACCACGAGGGCCACAGUAACCACGAGAACGCCAAUUUCGCUCUCGGGUCCACGCAGGACGCCAACGACAUGACGGCCAACAUGUACCGGGUGGGAGAUUACGUGUAUUUCGAGACUGCCACCUCGUCGCCGUAUCAGAUUAGGAGGAUAGAAGAAUUAAAUAAGACCGCGAACGGGAAUGUGGAGGCAAAAGUCAUGUGUUUCUUCAGGCGGAGGGAUUUGCCGGCUACCUUAGUUAUGCUGGCGGACAAACAUCAAUGGAUGGAAGAAAGUGUUCCUGGAGGAGUAACGGAGUUAAGUUCUAAGCAACGUCACCAAAUGAAACACAGGGAACUGUUUUUAUCGCGGCAAGUGGAGACGAUGCCCGCCACGCACAUUAGGGGCAAAUGCUGCGUUACGUUAUUGAAUGAAACCGAAUCCUUGACGAGCUACCUGAACAAGGAGGAUUCGUUUUUUUAUUGCUUAGUAUUUGAUCCUGCUCAACGUACUUUGCUUGCUGACAAAGGCGAAAUUAGAGUAGGUAAUAGAUAUCAAGCAACAGAUAUACCGGCGGUUUUGACGCUUGCGGAGAGAGAGGCGGAUUCUCGCAGGUUACAAGACUUGGAGACCUUGGUUUGGACUCCGAGACACAAUUUGACAGAUCGUCAAAUUGAUCAAUUCCUCGUCGUUAGCAGAUCAGUAGGCACCUUCGCGAGAGCCUUAGACUGUUCGUCCUCCAUUAAGCAGCCCUCCUUGCAUAUGUCCGCAGCUGCUGCAUCUAGAGACAUCACUCUGUUUCACGCGAUGGAUACAUUGCACCUGCAUGCCUAUGACUUAUCGAAUGCCUUAGCGUCUCUAGUACCUAGCACCGGCCCCGUAUUGUGCCGGGACGAGAUGGAAGAAUGGAGCGCGUCCGAGGCGAAUCUGUUCGAAGAGGCGCUCGAGAAAUAUGGGAAGGAUUUCGCCGACAUACGAGCGGACUUUUUACCGUGGAAAACGCUGAAGAAUGUAAUUGAGUACUAUUACAUGUGGAAAACGACGGAUCGGUAUGUCCAACAGAAAAGAGUAAAAGCUGUAGAGGCGGAAAGUAAACUGAAGCAGGUAUACAUACCGAAUUACAACAAGAGUCCCGCGUCGACAACCGCUCCUUCCACCGCCACGAUUGUACCUCUGGGCAAUAGUAACAACAACAACAACGGAAAGCCGACCAGCAUUUUGAACGGUAAUAGUAACGGCAGUAUGGUGGGCGACAAUUCUGGAAUACUUAUGGUCGGAGUCGGUGGGAAGCCAUGCGAGAGUUGUCAAGUCGUCCAAAGUCCACAGUGGUAUGCCUGGGGACCACCGCACAUGCAGUACCGUCUCUGUCAACCCUGUUGGACAUAUUGGAAGAAGUACGGAGGGCUCAAGGUGCCGUCGCGCAUAGACGACGUCGAUCUCGAAAGGAAACGUGCUGGCGCCGGAUCGGAUGAAGAGAGCAAAGGGGUGGGCGGCGCGCACAGGCCGCAUCGAUGCAGCAUUCCCACCUGUGGCAAGGAGUUCAAACUGAAGGCUCACCUGAGCCGUCACUAUGCGAGCGCACAUGGAGUGGAUCUGCGCGGCGCCGCCGGAAGCGGCGGCGGCGGCGGCGGAUCGCCGCGACCGGUCAUGAAGACCCGGUCCGCAUUCUACUUGCGCACCUCCUUGUUGGCGCGUGCCGCGCGACGUCUGUGCGCUGUGCAAUUGCGCACACGUCACGCCGCGCGGGCGCCCCAUCAGCCGGUGAAUGCCGCGCCGUUGCGGCACCUAUGCGCCCAGCUAGCAUCCAAGACACCUUCGGAGCUACGUCUCCUUUCACGCGCCGUACGACUUCGGACGCGUCCUAAAGUGAUCGACAUCGCCUCGCGCCUAGGCGAUCAUCCAGCACCACGGCAACCCGGCGACUGGGACUGGCUGACAUUGACUUCCCCGGCGCAACGCAAGCAGCCCGAUCGAGUCUCAUUUCCACGUCCGCCAAAAGCACCGGAUGGCAGUCUUUUAUACGAGAGGGUACCAAACAAGCCUGAGGUGGACAGGCUCACGUUGACGCCACCCCAGCCGCAGCCUGUCAUGUCGACCCAGCAGAAUAUCUUGAAACGCCCAAGACCGUUCGACGAAAUCAACGGUUCAGAUGGUAUCGCCCUGAACGCAGGGCUCCCUUCUGGCGCACCACCCACGAAAAGAACUCAUCAUCCACAGCAACUGCAUCCGAAGCACACGCUGGAGCACCCCGCGCCCGCAGUUCUUCCUCUUGCGCCACCUCUCAAUGGUAGGGCUUCUCAUCCACAUACGCUGCCUCAUGGUCCACCGCUAUCCAGAAGUAACGCGCGUAAACAAGUCAUGUCGUGGAUGGAUGCGCCUGAUGAUGUCUACUUCCGCGCCACCGAACAGAUCAAAAGAGCCAGAAGAGCCCUGUCCUCGGUAGAGUUACGAAGAGCGGCACGCAAACCGUGGCGCAGAAUGUCGCUUCCCCUGAAUCCGCUUCACCUCCAAAGAGCAGGUCGUCAAGAUGACAUGGUUGUUAUCUUGGAUUGAAUCCGCACAAUCAGGACGAACACAAUCGGACGAUAUUGUAUUGUCGGUUCACUAAUUGCAAAGCGUGACGCUGUUAACGUAAUCUUUAAUCAAGUGAAGUUACAUAUAGUGAAGAUCACAGUUUUGUGUAUUGUCAUCGAUAGCUCCGAUCGAGCAACAAUCGUUAACUUUAGAAUCGGAAGAUUUCGAAAGCUCCUCCAUGACGAGAUUUCUUUUUUUUCUCUUGGAAGACGAGCAAAUCGUGUGGUAAUAGAAAAGAAAGGCCUCGCUUGACCGAACGUGUAUGUUGAACAAUCGAGAACAUCGUUGAACUGUAACGACUUCACUACUUAUGGAGUACUAUUGAAGAAUUAAUGUUCAGCGAACUAAGUCAUUCAACGUGAAACAUGAUUUUCUAUCCGUAUUAAUUAUUGUUGUUAUUAAUAAUAAUUAUUAAUAAUUGAAUGUACAUAUACAUUAUACUACACACAUAGCCAUGCAACAUAACACACAGCUAUGCGACACGACAAACACAAUACACACAUAUACACACAUUUCACAAACACACUCUUAAUAUAUACAUGGACACAUCCAAGUACCAAAAUUUGGUAUGAAUUUAAUAGCGAUAAAAAAAUAUUGGCCGAUAUCUGCGGAUAAGCUCAUGAACAGUUGUGCGCAGAACACACAAUGGUAGUACAAUUUUCGAAUAACAUUUGGAACGGAGUAUAUUUCUAAGUAUAACAUACUUCCAAAUCGAUACCAAUAUGUUUUUCGGAAGUUAAUUACUCGAGCGUUGUAUUUUCUGAGCGCAACUAACGUUACGGCCGUGCAGGUAAAAGAGACGAAUGUCUGAUCGGAAGCGAAUGCGUUAGGGAGAAAAAGAGUAAGCGAGAGAGAGAGAGAGAGAAAGAGAGUGUGCGCGAGAGAAUAUGUAACCGAGCGAGAGAACAUGUAACCAAGUGAGAGAAUAUGUAAUCGAGUGAGAGAGAAUGAAUUAGUACGUAUGGGAGACAGAAAGAAGGAGUGCUCACUGUGAAUAUUUUUAUUAAAUUUUCAAGUUUGAUGACUUCCGUCUAAAAAAUUAAUAAAUAAACAUAAGCAUAA